AUGACGAACACUAUCGAUAACGCCUCUAUCAAGAAUGCACUGAAGGACUCUGACUACGGAGUAGUCCUCAGAAUGACAGAAAAUAGCGCGUUCAACGAAGCCGCUAUCCUGACCCCCGCGUACUCCCAAGCGAUCGACGAAAUCCUUGGUGACCAAGACGCCAGAACUGCAGCGAGUACAUCCCUCACCGUCUGCAUUAUACGAACCACGAAGCUGCUGGAAGACGUAGCCAAUCGUGUCGACCUAGAUGAAGCAACUAGGAAACUUGCUAUACUUCAUCUGCAACGGCGGAUCAGAAACUUCGCACUUCACUUACUCCCCCUCGACUUCUCCGAUAUCACUGACCUCGCGAUAAAGAAAGUUGAAGUGAAGCCCGUUAUAGAAGAACCCCGCCCGGUACGCCCGCUAAGAAGAAAGAAAGCGGCUACCAUAGAUCGAACCCGCACCACGCUCUGCAAGUGCUGCGGAGGAUACGGACAUCAGUUCAGAAGAUGUCCAGAUUAUGUUUGUUGCAUUUGCGAUGAACUAGGACCUGACCAUCUGUCGGUCCACUGCCCGCGACUCAACGGACGCAUCGUACUCCAAGAGUUUAGCGAUGAAGAGAAGUUUUUCGAAGCUCUCUUAGAUUGGGAGCACAACCACAAGGCACUCGCGGAUCUAGAACUUCAGCAUCCCACUGAACUUUCCCCUGUCCCUGAAACUCCCUCUGCACCUUCUACAUCCACGUUAGCAAUUCCCGCACUACCCGCCGCUACGAUGGAAGAAGACAUCAAUCCCAGUCCGCACGCGACACACGUCGUAACAGAUAUCAGAUGUGCUGCCUUCGCUGCAGAAGAUUAUGACGGUGCUAUUAACCUAUACUCGGCAGUGAUCGACCUCAAUUCAGCAGCUGAUGCCAUCUUCGCGAAUCAUAGUAGGGCAAAGUUGGGGAAAAUGUUAUGGACCGAAGCACUUCUCGAUGCGGAGAAGGUCAUCCAACUGAAUCCUUCGUCUCAUGUUGGAUACCAAUUGAAACUCGCAGCACUUCAUGGCACACAAAGCUAUGAUGGAGCUAUCGCGGCCUUCCGAAUGAUGUUCACCAAAUUGCAAAGUGCUCAGGAUAUCUUCGCAAGUCCCUCUGAAUCAGAAGGUGUUAUCCGAACGACUAUUGAUCUACAACUCAAGAACGCCCCACUUCAUCUGCUCAAUACUGCCACCGGGCUGUUAUGUGACCGUGAAGCACAGAUAAGUGCCUUCAAAAUGAGCGCAGAACACAAUGAGCUUUGGCUAUCAUGGUCUAUGAAGCGCGCAGACCUCCGAAUGGAACACAUUAUAGAAGCGGUGGCAACUUACUUCCGUUGUGUCAUGUUAUCCCAUAGAUGGGGAUGGGAAGAGAAAGAGAAAGAGCCGCUGCUGCAGGACAUCCAGGGCAAGAUUGUAUACAAGCUGAAUUCGCCUGGUGGUAUCGUAAAGUUGCGAAAGUUCUGCGAAAUUGCUCGUGAUGCGGGUUACCACUGGGCAUGGAACGAUACAUGCUGUAUAGACAAGAGCAGCAAUGUUGAGUUGCAACAAUCGCUCAACUCUAUGUUCAUCUGGUAUCAGCAUUCUGUGCUUACAAUUGUCUAUCUUUCGGAUGUUCUGCCUUCAUCUAAAUCUGGCGCUCUGGAGAGGAAUUAUGGCGAGAAGAAGGCAAAUAUGCUUGGGCACCUCCUGCAGGAAAUUGUUGCUUGGUCAGGCGACAUUACUGCUCUCGAUUGGGUUGGACAAUCAUCCGGGUUCAAUAGUUGUCUUCCUGCUGACAUUAUCUCAUAUGCAUCCCCACCAUGCAUCCCGUCAUCUUUGUCUGGAGAUGAGAUCCAGACAAAAGUCUCUUCACUGCGAAAAAAUACUGUGGCUGUAAAUUUGGCCAUGAAACUCUAUGCCCUAUUGAAGGGCAUGAACACUCCUUGCUUCGCGAGCCGCAGACUGCAUCUACCUUGCAUCUCAUUUCCUGUCACGGAAAUCAGACAGACACAUGGUUCAGCCCAAGAGACUCAUUUCAUGUAUAGAGUCAAAGCGAAUGGGCCUCAAGACUUGCUCAUCACCACACUAAUUCAAUCCCGCGAAAAAGACCCACCUGACAAAAAUGAUGAAGGCAGCAUAGGGGCUUCAUCCGAGCCCGGGUCUCAGUCAGACGGCUCUGACGAGUUGCUCGGCGGUCUGCCUGUAGAAGAUGAGGAACAUCACUCACGAGCAUUACGAAUGAUGGUUCACCUUGGUCAGCCUUUUGGCGCAUUUUUCCUCGUGCAGCAGCGUGACGGAGAGUACAAGAGGAUCGCAUCAGACUAUAACAUCAUUGCACAAGUCAAAGACAUAGCUUCCGUUGACAACAUUAUGGACGUCGGUUCCAUAGAAAUACUAUAA